AGGUUACUAUGCAGCAGUUAGCUUUUCUGAAAAUAGCAACUCCGAGGACCCCAGCAGAGGUUGGUUGAUCAUUGCGAAAGGUCCGUUCUGAUCUACAUUGAUUAUCUGCUAUCCUGUCACCGUCCUCUAGGUGGCGCUUUUUACCUAUUGAUUUCAUCAUCAUCAUCAUCAUGGCGACGGUGGAAGACGUGUUGGAAAGCGUGACUCAAAAACAGGCUUCUAAAUACAAAACCAUAGAAGUACAGAAAGAUAUUGAACCACAGUUGGACUUGGGAAACCUUCUGACAGUUGACCAAAAUCCGCUGGAACUGAAGAAGUUCAGAGCUGACAAGGAGGCCUACCUGAAGUCCCAGGCCAGAGACAACACCCAGCUGUUGUUUAAUGCCAUCUGGAAGCUGCCCACUGAGAGGGUGGAGGAGGCCAUCUGUGUCAAGCUCCCUGAAACCACGACUGUUCUGCCGAGAGAAAAACCUAUUCCCAAGGCCAAACCUCCGACCAGAUGGGAGCAGUAUGCCCUGCUGAAGGGUAUACAGAAGAGAAAGAAGGGCAGAAUGGUUUGGGAUGAGGAGUCAAAGGAAUGGCGACCCAGGUGGGGUUAUAAGAGAGCCAAUGACGACACAAAAGACUGGGUCAUUGAAGUUCCUGGUAAUGCAGACCCAAAUGAGGACCAGUUUGAGAAGAGAAUGAAGGCCAAGAAGGAGCGGAUAGCCAAGAACGAGCUGCAGCGUCUCCGCAACAUUGCCAGGGCAACCAAGUCUAAAGUUCCAGGAGUUGGACUCACUCCCACUGAGAAACCUUCCAAGGAAGAGGUUGGAUUGGCCCUCCAUCUAGCCAAGAAGUCUACUGCAUCACUAGGGAAGUUUACAGAGAAACUGCCUAAAGAGAAAGAAGCAAAACACGUAGGGAAGAAGAGAAAGUUUGAACCAGCCAUCGGUGACUUCAAGAAAGAGAAGGAGCAACAGCUGAACAUCAUCAAUGUCAUGGAGAACAAGAAGCCUAAACUGGACAUCACAAAGGCCGUGAACAGGGUGAUAAUCCAGCAAGACCAAGAUGCUUCAGACGAGAGGAGAAAACGAGGUGGCAAAGUGAAGAACAGGCGGGGACCUCCUCGGAAAAAGGGAGCCGGUGGUUUUGGGAAAAAGGGCAAAGCUGGAAAAGGGAAGGGGCAGAAAGGAAUGGGAGGAAAGGGAAAAGGAAAGAUGGGUAAGGGCAAAGGGAAGGGAAAGGGCAGAUAGUGAAAAGUUUAUACAGUUUAUAGGUCAUAGACUUUUCUUUCAAGUAAGAUCCAAUUGAAUCACAAAUAUUUGUUUUUAUUUUCUACCGUACAUACUUUCACAGAAUAUGUCAAUCACAAAUGCAUGAAUAGAGAGUUCUAUUUUGUAUUCAUUAUUGCUUCACAAUGUAACUGACACUGAGAGAGAAGUAUUUUUGAUCUGAUUAUAAAUAGAUCUAGAUAUCAUUGGCACAAGUGUCACGCCACAUAUACAUGUACUCAAUAAGUAAGUUCUAGUUUAGACAUGAUUUGUACCCUGGAAUAAUCAAGUAUCAAUAUAAUGUCCUUGACAUAACAUUAACAGUCAUGGUUGCAUCCAGCUUUUGUCAUCCCCGAGCCUACAUAUUCGGUUCCCUUCCAAAUUGUUACAGAACAAGUUUAGAACUUUUAGUUGCCAGUUGUGUCAGAUGGUUCCUGGGGGGAAAAAGAGGAAACUUAGUUAAGUAAGUACAAAGGAAUUUAUCAUUAUGGA